AUGGCUACUCAUCACACAACCGCGACAGACUUCGGCAACGAGAAACAGGAUGUUCGCUAUAUUGAACGUACAGACACUUCGACCGAGUCAGAUCUCAACUUACACAAAGAACAUACGCUUGAUGGCGUUGACAUGAACAAUACAGCAGCCUUCAAAGGUGACGAAUCAGACGGUAAAGUGGUUUGGACUACGCGGUCCAUCUUCGCAGCCAUCUUCCUUGCGGCCCUUUACACUGGCUCUCAAAUUAUUUUGUAUUUCACCGGUGGCUCUAUAGGUUUCAUUGUAGCAGAUCUUGGGCUCACGAGUGGCUCGGGCUGGCUCCCAACAGCUAAUAUCCUCGCUAUUGCCGCCACUUGCCCUUUUGCCGGAUACCUGCAGGAUCUCUUCGGCAAAAGAUCCAUUGCCCUAUUCGGAUCGCUCUGUAUUUGUGUCGGUUGCGCCCUUGUUGGCACAGGACACAACUUCGCACAGCUUCUUGCCGGUAUGGCUAUCUCUGGUGUGGGUGCUGCAAUUGGAGAAUUGACCGGGCUGGCUGGGCUCGCGGAGGUAGUCCCAGUUAAGCAUCGAGGAUUCUCGCUCGCCAUAGUAACUGCGUUCGUGCUGCCGUUCUGCCCCUACCUCAUGUAUGUCGAGAUGUGGUCACAUCAUGAUAAAACAGUUGGAUGGCGCUGGGGACCAUGGUGCGCUCUCAUUUUCAACGGCAUUGUUGGGAUUGGGUUGGCGUUCACCUACUUCCCUCACAACCACACUCGAGCUGAAGGCUUCUCGCACAUGGCAAUCCUGAAGCGUAUCGAUUUUGUGGGGGGUGCUUUGUCCAUAAUUGGAUUAACGCUGUUCCUUGUGGCUUUACAAUCAGGUGGCUAUACCCAUAGUUGGACCAGUGCAUACGUCCUUUGCACUUUGCUGCUCGGUCUUGCACUGAUCGCCGCAUGGGUUGUCUGGGAGUCGAAGUUUGCGCGCCAUCCUAUGGUCCCUGGAGAACUUUUCAAAGGCCAACGCAUCGUCGGCCUCGCAUACGGCAUUGCCUUUGUCGCCGGCAUGUCAUUCUUUAGUGUACUAAAUCUUUUUCCAGUCGCAUUUACCUCUGUCUACGACCCUGACCCAGUGCAAAUUGGUCUCAAGGGUUUGGGUCCCUCGUUCGCGACCGCACUGGGAGCCAUCGCCUUCAACGCCGCACUAUCAGCGUAUCCCAACCGUACAAGAGAGGUCUUGCUCCUCGCUGUAUUGAUGAUGACUGGGUUUACUGGCUCUCUCGCUGUUAUGACACCAGAAAAUCCAAAACUUAUCGUAGCGCUUGGCUCCCUUGCGACAUUUGGUGUGGGUGGCGUUCUCGUUCCUGCUGCCACAGUUGCAAUGUUAGUCUGCCCUGACGCGUUGAUCACAACUGCUGCUGCACUGUCGCUCUCCAUCCGCACUGUCGGGGGCUCGAUCGGGUAUUCCAUCUACUACAACGUCUUUGCCAACAAACUCGAGAAGAACCUUCCUGCCUAUGUUGCAGAAUACGCUAUCAAAGCUGGUCUACCGCUUGCCUCUGUUGAGACAUUCGUCGGUCUGUACCUCACAGCGCCUGCGAAAUUGGCGACCACACCGAUACCGGGCGUUACUCAAGCAGUCUUGGGAGGCGCAGCAAAGGGCACGCAGUGGGCGUACAGCGAGAGUCUGAAGUAUGUCUGGCUUACCAGUAUCGCGUUUGGAAGCAUGGCGAUUGUUUGUACGCUCUUGUUGCCAAGCACGAAGAAGUAUCAGACGAAUCGUGUAGCUGUGCACCUUUAG